GCUGGCGGAAGGGGGCGGGGGCAUGACCGACUGUCUGGUUCUCCGAGUGGACAAUAAAGUUUCGAAAGUUUGAAAAAGGAGGAGAAAACCCCCCCCCACGCCCCUUCGGCUACCCUGGUGUGGACGCCUGCGGCCUGGCACACACAGAGCUCCAGCAGCAGUGUGCUCGCGGAGGCGUGGUCGGCGCGCCGGAAUGGGGGUCACCGUGGACGUGCACGAGGUGUUCAAGUACCCCUUCGAGCAGGUGGUCGCCAGCUUCCUCCGAAAGUAUCCAAACCCCAUGGAUAAAAAUGUCAUCUCUGUAAAAAUUGUGGAGGAAAAAAAAGAUGUGUCAACAGGGAUCAUCUAUAGAAAGAGGAUUGCAGUCUGUCAAAAUGUGGUUCCAGAAAUUUUAAGGAAGCACUCUGGUGAUUGUUGGAAAAAGGUGAACAUUUUAAAGGUACCUAAUGUCCAGUUAGAAGAGGAAUCAUGGUUCAAUCCGCAGGAAAGGAACAUGGCUAUAAGGAGUCACUGCCUUACGUGGACACAAUAUGCAUCCAUGAAGGAAGAGUCUGUCUUCCGGGAAAGUAUGGAAAAUCCAAAUUGGACAGAGUUCAUUCAAAAAGGCAGGAUUUCAAUUACAGGGGCUGGUUUUCUCAACUGCGUUCUGGAAACGUUUGCCAGCACAUUUUUAAGACAGGGUGCCCAGAAGGGAAUUAGAAUAAUGGAGAUGCUGUUAAAGGAACAGUGUGGUGCCCCCUUAGCUGAAUAAAGAAUCAUCAGGAAGCUGUGUUGUGUCUACUUUUGCUCGAGAAUCUUUUCUCGGACACAACACAUCCAAAGACACAGUUUUCGAAAUACAGGUAUAAGAAUGCGGUGUUGGCAGCUUACAGAAGAGGAAACCUUUCUGCCGGGAUAUGACAUGAUACACUCCCCCUGGGAGCCGACCUCAAAUAGCGGCUCUCGUGGAGCUGAGACCUUCUGGCUGAUUCUUAUGGCAUAAUCUCUACGAUUUUACAAAUAAAGGAAAAGUCCCAUAGAAGGUGAUGUCUGCCCUUCUUCAGGAUGUCCUGCUGAUUGCCUGGUGGCAGUGUUGGGGCAGCCAAGGAUGGGCCAGAGGCAUGGAAAAUGCUGCUUUUGCCUGUUUGUUCUCUACAUCAUUGCUCAUAGGAUUCAUGAGAGGAUUCUGGGACGAAUAAAGAACUUAAACCUGAUACCUGAUUCUUAGGUGGCCUGGAACAGACAGGAAUAUACCAUACCUGUGUUGAAGUUAAGCCAUAUUCACAGUAAUGUUGAAGAUUCUCAGAAAUCAGGAGCCUUUGAUUUCUACCCAUCAGUACUACAUAACUGCCAUCAGCUAGCUUGUAUAAUAUAACACAUGAACUGUGAUUGGUCCUUAAAAGAACCUGGGGGGUGGGGAGACAGGCUAUCAGCUUGGCUCCUUCUAACUCAUUCUGGGAUGUGGAGCAGAUUAUGUGACCUGUCUGUUUUUCACUGGGCAAAUGGGGAUAAUUGGGCACAGAUCUUUCUACUUGUGAUGAUUAAACAAGGUUGUUUGGUAUGAAAAGCACAGGUUUGGGAGUCAGACAGACUCCGGUUUGAAUCUGAGCAGGACCACACAGCAGCUCGGUGAUUAUGUAUGUAAUUUAAAAUCUUUCUUAAAGAUCUUUCCUAGAUUCAUUUUUUAGUUUUGUAAAAUGGGAUUAUAGUGUUAACCUUAUGAGGCUGUUGGAACAAUUGGAGAUCAUGUGAUAAAGUGCCUAGCAUGCUACCUGGUACACAGAAGUAAAUAGAAGCUAUUUUUAGUAUAUGAAACCAUCUUGGAAAUAUACUUUUCUAACGUAAGGUAAUGUAGUAGUAUUGUUUGAAAAUUAGGUGACGGUAGUUUGCAUUCCCCAUGAUCCGAAGCCAAAAUGUAAAUGCACACUACCUAAAUGAAAGCUUGAAGAGGGGCAAUAAUUUGGAAUUCAUUGUCUUAAGAUAAAACAAGUUGGGCCAUUACUGGAAAGUCUUGGGGAAAUUAUUAUUUUUUUUUAAUAUUUGAAAAAUUUUCCAUUUAGUGAAUUGAUGAAU